GCUACUUAGUUAUCAAUGACAGUUGUAUGUGAUGUCGUCUUGAGAAUCCGCAAGAGCAGUAGAAAAAUGUUAUCCAGACUACGACAUAUUUUUAAGAAAGCUGGAGAUAGACAUUAUGGAAAAGUCGGUGUGAUAGGAGUACCUUUUGAAAAAGGACAGACUAAAGAAGGUGUAGCACGUGGCCCAGAGGUAAUACGAGCAGCUGGAUUAAUAAAUGAGUUACAGAAUUUAGGUAUCGAUGUAGUGGACUAUGGGGAUGUUUCUUAUGAAAUAGAAAAAAUUGCCGGUGUUGUAAAUAUGCCACAUUUGGAUCACAUAGCUGCUUGUACAAAAAAAGUGUCCGAAGUUGUUCAAGAUAUUAUGAAGGAUAAUCGAAGAAUCCUUACUUUAGGUGGUGAUCAUAGUUUGGGAGUUGGAACUAUAGAUGGUCAUGUUAAGGCUAAAAAAGAUGUGGCUGUUUUAUGGAUUGAUGCACAUGCUGAUUUGAAUACCAAUAAAACCAGUAAAAGCGGUAAUGUUCAUGGUAUGCCAGUUGCUCUAUUGACUUCAGAAUUAUCAGAUUAUUGGCCCCAUCUUCCUGGCAUGGAUUGGCAGAUGCCAAUGCUGUCAAUAAGAAAUGUAGCAUAUGUGGGUCUGAGAUCAGUAGAUCGAUAUGAAAGACUGGUCAUUGAAAAAUUUGGAAUUACAGCAUUUGGAAUGGAGGAUGUUGAAAGAUAUGGUAUCCAUGAUGUAAUUGCUAUGGCUUUAAAAAAAAUUGAUCCAGAUAAUAUAAAAUCAUUGCAUGUUAGUUUCGAUAUAGAUUCACUUGAUCCUUUAGAAGCACCAAGUACAGGAACUGCAGUGCGUGGUGGACUUUCUUUAAGGGAAGGUAUUCAUCUCAUGGAAGAAUUGUAUCGAACAAACAGACUGAAUGCUGUAGACUUAGUCGAGGUGAAUCCUAAGAUAGGUGAUGAACGCAGUAUAAGUUUAACAGUAGGAGCUGCUUUGCAUAUAAUACAAGCUGGCUUUGGUUAUACUAGACGUGGACUUAAAGUACCCAAAGGAGUUACAGAUAUGCCUUUACAGACAUUCCGAUAAUCGUAUAUUGAACUAAUCAUUUUUUUAAAAUUAUCAAUAUAUAUUUUUGAAUAAAGAAUAUACCUUUACGGUCCGAAACGUAGUCAAUUUUAUACUUUUCAUUUAAAUUCGAUACAAUGUUAACGUAUAAUCUUAAAUCAAUAAAGUAAAACCAUAAUCUCUUU